GAGAGGCUCAACUCGUUGACUGAGAUUGCUGGGUGUUGCAGGCUUUCUGAUCGGGUUGCGCGCACAGUGUUGUCUGGAGUGGAGGCUCGCGAGAGGGACGCGAGGACCGACGAAAUGUCCACAUGCGUUAAGCAGCAAAGGCGCUUACGCGUUCCUGCUUUGCAGCGUAUUGAGUACCUGUUUUAUCAGUACUCAGUUGAGGAGGCGCGCGCGCGAAGUAGAGCCAUGCGGCUAUCUGGACUUCGAGCGACGUCUAUUUCACUUGGCAAAAGAGAAGGGGGUCGGACUUCCAUGAGUAAUCCCCUUGCGGGAAAGUUGGGGCCGGACCAGAGGGCAGACACACCCUGCGUGCGCCUGACAGAGCAGCAGCCGGGCAGAGAAACAUACUCAGAGAAAAUUCCAGGCGAAGAUGAUUCGCCAAAGCUUCUCGAAUGGAUUGCGUCCCUUUUCUUGACCACGCACGAAUCUCGUUCAAAAGUCAAGGGAGCCUGUGAUGAGGACAAAAGCGUUCCUGCAUCAACGCAGCACCCGCAAGAUCCCAUGAAGCGAUAUGACAAAAUAGCUCCAGCUGCUGGUGGAAGCGAGUGUGGGCGUUGCCUGUGCCGCUCUUCGGCAUAUGCGGACCUGUUGCGCUUCUGCCCUCUUAGGUUUAGGAGCCAAUACAUGGAGUUUGUGACGGAUGCGAUUCUUCAAGGACGUAGUGACAUUACUUCAUGCGCCCCUACGAGAAUUCGAGGAAUCGAAAAGUUUGCCUUUUUAGCUUCAGUUCAUGGGCCGACGCUCGGCUUUCUGCCAGCUUUUCGGGAGUUUGCGGCAGUUAUUUCUUUUUGUCUUUCGCAUGACUUUCGACAAGUCCGUUGGAUACUGCCCAGAUCAGGUGGUUGGGUUGAAGACAAAGAGCUGGAGUUGGGGGAGCAGUACAACGCGCGCGGCCUGCGCUUCGUGCGUGAGGUCACGCCCGAUGCGUAUGUAUCCGGGAUAUUAAGGUCGACGUGUCCUCAAAUGCUGAAAUAUUGCUCUUCCGAUUUCAGAGAGAUUCCGGUCAUGUGCGGAUGUGCGUAUCUCAUGGAUCCGGACGAUGUGCCCUACCGAUUUCAUGUCGAUCGAGAGUUCAUUUUUUUGGAGCAGCUAGAAAUGUACGUCGACGACGCAGAGGGACACAGGGACAUUGUCGGCUAUACUUUUUCGAAUGAAACGGAGUCAGAGAUCUUGCGCCUUUUUGCUGGGGAUGAAGAGGUAAGUACUUACUAAGGCAAGAGAAGCCGCAAGACGGCGAGACGAGGUGCAGGCUGCUGGAGGUCCGUCAAUCAUUCAUUACUAUCCUGCGCGGCAGCGUACCGCUGUAAUUCGAUACUACUGCUAUCCGCCGCACGAGCAAGAGGAGACGCCAGAAGAAAAGCAAAGGUGGGGCUGUACAAUGCAGCCCUUGGCGUGCAGCGUGCCGGAUCAUCGGGCUCGCUACACGCAUCAGAGUGAGACGCGCAGUGAGGCCGAUAUCGUGUCGGAUUGUGCUAGUCAAUCAGAUUCCUUUGUUUCCUGUGUCGAAAACUGACAGCACCGAAGAACACGGUAAGCAUCAAUGGGAAGCUCAGUUAUUAUCAUAAAUUUUCAAUUCUACGCUGCAGCUAGAGGCACCAGAGGACCCGCGCGCUAUCGCUGUAGGAGGACAAGGUGAUCAUCAAGAAGAGCAAAAGGACCAAAUACAUCUGGGCCACAACUUUUAUUCGAUAUUGUACAGGAAAUUUUCAAAAUUACUAUCAAAUACUUCGUAAAUGUGGUUUUGGCUGCUUCUUCUGGGAAUGUGCGAGCAAAGAAAUACGAAUUGUAUUGCGCAGCCCCUUCUUCUUUCCAUUCUCGACAGAAGACAUUUAUCGACAAAAGUCACAUGAUCCCACUCAUUUCCGGUUUUCUUGAUUAUCUUGUGACGGAUGUAGCAGGGAAUGCCUCCCAGCAAAUUGCGAAUUGAGAAUGAAGCCCUCUCGUCGAAGCAAUCCCCCACUUGUACUUGUAGACGUGCAAAGACCAAUGACGCACGGCUUGAAGAGACGACGUUCUAUGAUGUGAAGACUUACGUAUCAGUAUGAACAAAGAUUGAAGGAAUAGCGAUACCGUACGAACACAGUACAAACCUGAUAAAGGAUGCGAGUG